AUGAAUAUGAUAAUGAAUCCGAUCACGUUCUUCAGCGAAUUGCAACAAAUGGGUGACCCGAGGACCAGAAACUAUCCUAUAGUCAUGAACCCCCUUUUCGUCUUCCCGCUCAUUUUCGUCUACCUGUACUUCGUCAAAGUAGCCGGCCCCAGAUGGAUGAAGAACAGGAAGCCGUUCGAGAUCACAAACCUUAUCCGCUUCCACAACGUCGUCAUGGUGGCCGCCAAUAUAAGAUUUCUCUAUCUCCUCUUAACGAAAACGUACCUACCAGGAGGUCACUACAGUCUCUGGUGCCAAGGAAUCACCGGACACAUGGACGAGCAGCUGGUCAAGUACUACGAAAGCGGCUGGAUCUUUGUGUCCAUUCGCUACUCAGACCUCAUGGACACGGUGUUCUUCGUCCUCCGCAAGAAGUUCACCCACGUCACGCAUCUGCAUGUCAUCCACCAUACCAUAGUCACGCUGAACCUCUGGUUCUGGUGUCUGUUUGCUCCAGAGGGACAAGUCGCCUUCGGACUGGCCCUCAAUGUAUCCGUGCACAUCAUCAUGUACACGUAUUACUUUCUGGUCACACUGGGACCUAGUGUACGAAGGUACCUGUGGUGGAAAAAGUACCUCACCAGGCUCCAGAUUUUUCAGUUUGUCGUCAUCAUCAUCCACCUAUCCAUACCAAUCUUCGUGGACUGCGGCUUCCCAAGAUACCUAGUAUACCUGGGCUGCACGCAAACCUUCCUUAUACUUUGUCUUUUUGUAAACUUCUACAUUCACGCGUAUAUUAGACAAAAACAAUCACAGCCAUGA